CUUCUGAUUGGGCGGCGUGGAGCAAUGCGCGCCACCCUUUAGACACCAAGCUGUCGGGAGGCCUGACCCUGCCCUCUCCGUACUCUCCGCCGAGCUUCGGUUGCUCUUUCACUUCCCAAUUCCUCAAGAGCACUGGGCGACAAAGUUAUGGAGAAGCGCCUGCAGGAGGCCCAGCUGUACAAGGAGAAAGGGAACCAAUGUUACCGGGAGGGGAAGUACCGAGAUGCUGUGAGUGGGUACCAUCGAGCUCUGCUGCAGCUGCGGGGUCUGGAUCCAAGUCUGCCCUCCCCGAUACCUAAUCUGGGACCCCAGGGCCCGGCCCUCACACCUGAACAAGAAAACGUACUGCGCACCACCCAGACAGACUGCUACAACAACCUAGCUGCCUGUCUUCUUCAGAUGGAGCCAGUAAACUACGAACGGGUGAAAGAAUACAGUCAGAAAGUCCUGGAGCGACAGCCUGAUAAUGCCAAGGCCUUGUAUCGGGCUGGAGUGGCCUUUUUCCACCUGCAGGACUAUGACCAGGCUCGGCAUUACCUCAUGGCUGCUGUCAAUAGGCAACCAAAAGACGCCAGUGUCCGGCGGUACCUUCAGCUAACGCAGUCGGAACUCAGCAGCUACCAUCGGAAAGAGAAGCAGCUCUACCUGGGCAUGUUUGGUUAACAAAGAAGAAAGAUACCCCUCCACUAGAACUUCGGUGAAGUUUAAAGACCCAUCAAGGGGAAACCUGAGCCUCAGCAAGAGAAAUUAACCCCAUACCUCUGACCGAGGUGAACUUCUAUUUUGUUUCUAGUUCUGCACGAACUCUUUAUUGCUUACAUGGUCUGUGUCUGUUUUUGUUUCUCCAUCUGUGUAUUUAUACGGCUUUUAAUAUGUGGUAUUAUUAGAGAUAUUUGCCUUGAGAAAUACAGCCAGAAAACAUUCAUCAGUUAUGGGUGGAAUUAAUCAUAUCUUUGGCACAAAUUUUAAUGAUAGAUGUUGGUAGAUGUAGUCAUAUACAAAGGAGAAGGCUAGCAGAGGAUGAAGUAACAAGGAAGGCAGAAAGGAGUUUCUUCCUUCGUUUCCUCAGAUGCCCAAAGCCAAACUUACACAGGCCACAAACUGGCAAAUAUAUAUACUGUGAAACUAGACAAUUAUAAAUUGUCACGGCUCAGAAUGAAAGAUUUGAAAUUAACCAUCUUGAUUAAAAUAAUUCCUUUGUCUUAAUGUUCCACAUACAUUCAGAUUCUUUUUCCCCCACAAAAGUAUCUAGUUCCUCUUGUUUCUCUUGGUAAUUUCUUUUUUUUUUUUUUGCGGUAUGCGGGCCUCUCCCAUUGCGGAGCACAGGCUCUGGACACGCAAGCUCAGCGGCCAUGGCUCACAGGCCCAGCCGCUCUGCGGCAUGUGGGAUCUUCCCGGACCGGGUCACGAACCCGGUGUCCCCAGCAUCAGCAGGCGGACUCUCAACCACUGCGCCACCAGGGAAGCCCUCUCUUGGUAAUUUCUAGUCCUUGCUAUUGUUCACACUCAGAUCAUUAAUAUAGUAUACUUAUUUAUUUUCUUUAUUAAACCCUUCUGUCUUAAAACUUCUGGAGUCAAGCAUUUAAGUGUGUAUUUUGUAAUCUUUUAAAAGCUCUCAUGCCAAAAAAACACUCGUAAACAUUUUAAUUUUUAAUAGGUGCGUAUCUAUAGUAUGCUCAUUUCUCUAAAAAAACAUAGGAAAGACAGUUUACCAAGUCUUCUAGAAACAAUACCAUAAAAGAACAGGAUAAAAACAUAGAUCUGUUUUUACUUGUUACCGCCCCCUUGUAUUUUGCAGGAGCUCACUUCCUUAAAGAGGAGGGAAACAGUGAGGAAAGGUUCUCUUCCCUUAGGGCCUUUUAAGCACCAAGGAACUUUCUGGAAGAUGUUUUGGGCAUGGGUGCAGGUGCAGAUCUGGUGCAGUCAUGGCUCAGUAGGAGGCUUCAUCAACUGGGAGCUCCUUUGUCAUUCUGCUAAUGUCCACAAUGUAUGAGUUGUACAGAGUAGAUAAGACCAUAAUAGCACUGCUUCUACCUUUAUGAGUGAAGGUAAUAAGCAUGUGUCAUUAGCCAUCAUACACAGACAGAUUUCAGACAAAAACCCCUUAGUCUUGCCAAGUGUACACAAGCUCUUCUCCCUUUAUCAGUAAUGCCUCUCUCAAUGAGCUAGGCUCCUCUUUGAGUCUCCCUGUACCCUUAAAUAAUACAGCCAUCAACUUACAAACAAAAAGUUUUCAUACCAAAUAAUCUUUUAAGUCCAAGGACAGAACUAACAAAAGUUGAAUAUUUUAUUCCUCUUCCAAGCUUCUUAAAUUUCUAAGCCUAGACUGUUGCCAAAUUAUGUCAUCGUUGUGUGUUAUGUUUGUUUGGGGUUGGUUUUGCUUUCUGAUUUUCUUUUUUUCCCCUAAGACUUGAUGUUACAGUAAGCUAUGUUCUGCAUCAAUGAGGAAAAAAUAAAACUGAUAUUUAAAAA